GAACGUUGAGCGUUCUGCUCGCAGAGGAAAGGCGGCCAUCGCCCGCCGCUGCUUCUGCCACUGCUUCUUUCGCUGCCUCUGCCUCUGCCGGCGUCGCUGCAGCAGAGGCGGGCAGAGCAGCCAUUAUCCUGCAGGAGGCUGCGACCUGAUCCCUGGCCAUGCAACUAUCAUGGCUGCUGAAAAAACAAUAAAAGUAGCUGGUCGAAAAAUCCAGAAACCCCCGAAAACUCUGUGAAAAGUGUUAAGCAAAACGCGAUUCGAUAAUAAAUUGAUUAAAGCUUCUGGAACUCAUAGUACAAAUGGAUUUAAGGCUGCAGUUCCAGGCGUAUUCCGAGCAGGACACACGGACUUCAUCGGAGCAUCUGCCACCGCACCGCCUUCCCCUCCGCCUCCCUUGGAAUUACUCAGCAGUCUUAGCGGGGCUUAGUGCUGAAUCAUCGCCGGCGUCGUUACCGAUUCACCGAUUCACCGAUUUGGAGCAGGAACGAGAAGGCUUAAGGUGGCGCCCUCGGCGACGGCGAUCCAGGCCUCGCACCUUUUAUCGACGUGAAGAAAGUGCCGUAAUCCGGGGGCAAUCAAUAAGAUACAAGCGCACUAAGCACUCCCAAGACAUCGCAGCCGUAUCUUAUCUUAUCGCCGCUUCUUCCGAUAACGUCGGCAUUACCUUCCGCGCUCUGUUUUUCGGACUAGCGCCUAAUCUCGAGGCACUCGGUGAGGUCUUGCCUUCCUGCCUUCCAGUUCAGUCGGCUUCCAGAGGCGAGGGCGAAGACAACACGGAGCGGGCUCCUCCGGCGGAGCACUUCCGUGACUUUCAGGAUAGGAACACAAACACGGGCACGGGCACGGACACGGACACGGAGACCCCUGUUUAAUUGGCAGGCAACCGCGGGCUUGUAAUCACAUUUAUGGGUCACUCCACGGCUUCGAAAGGAAUAAAGGAAACGGUUGUAUUAUGCCAGCCGUCACCGCAUCACGUGUGGCACGAUAAAUAUAAUUUACCCGAGGCGCAUGUAAUUGCCGCGCUGCCCAAAUUACCCCGCCCCGUAAACUCACAUUGUAUAUGUUUAUUAACGUUUUCACUUUUUUUGCAGCCGUGAUUGCUCACCUGAGUCACUGCGUCAUUUCAACCCGGCGACUGCUCCCCUCCAGUUUCAGUUUGCUCCACGUCUACCCUGUAGAUCCGAAUUUGUUUUAUACUAGCUUUAAGGACAAAUUCGGUUCUAGAGAGGUUUGUGUGGUUCAAUGUCCAUCGAAAAAGUGAUCUCAGCUGAUAUUAAACUUUACCAAAGUGAAAACAAGUGCUGAUAUUUGAUCUUCCUAAUGAAAAUUCCAUGAAAUUAACGCUAUAAGAUCCAUAGUUAAUGUCUGUAAAAUCAAUAUAAUAAUAUAGUUUUACCUAUUCCAUGUUGAGUCACGAUAAUAAAAACUAAUUACUGUUACCAAGUAAGGUGUUGCCAGUGCUUACCAUAAAAUCCAUGAUAAUGAAUUGCUGUCUUGACAUAAUUAUUUGGCUUUACAUUUAUAGAUAAGAGUGUAUUUUCACUUUUCAAUGCCAAUGACUCAAAUACAAAAGAAUUUUAGCAAACGUUAUUUUUAGUUUCAUUCUGCCUAAGUUAGCUUGUAUACUUAAUUGUUAAUACUAGUUAAAUACUUGUUAAUGUAUCUUAUCAGCUGUGUCAUGCUCCUUUAAGUAGAUUUCUAAGAAGGUCAUUAUGUUCUGGCAGAAAAAAUGUUCUUAUCAACAGCCUUCCAGCAGACGCUUGUCUGCAAAGUUAUAGCAUCGUUCAAUUGAAUUAAGUACCACAUUUCAAAUUUUUCGCUACCGGACAUGGGACACUGUUUUCUUAUUGCUCAGUUCUUUGGGCUCCAUUUAUAUUCCUGCCGACUUCAAUUUAUUCGAUGUGUUGCUCGAAAUUUACAUUCCCUCAAUUUUGCAUACAAAUUGCCAUUACAAUUUCGCCAAGGGUGUGGGGGCGUUGGGGUUCCUCGGCAGUGGAUGUGUGGAGUAUCUGGUGUUCGCCUCAGCAAGGCAUUUGGGUCAAGUCGAUUUCUGGUGGUGUUCGUAUGAGGAGGAUUGGCGAAGUUUGCAGUUUUGCGCAAAUGGCCAUGCACUUUGCCCAAUUUGCAUAGGACGCCACUUGAAUCACAUCCGUCGGCGCUUAUUUCCGUCCACCUUUUUGUUUCUUGCCAAAAUUCCGAGAGGGUGAGCAAGGCAACGCCCCUCACCAGAAAAUCUCCCAAAAUUUUCCCUAACCACCUGAAAUGUUAUCUGUUGUAGGGCUUUUGUGAAACUAAUUUAGAUAUCACCGUUGUCAUUAAUCAUGUACAGGUAUAUCAAACAUUCCGAUAUGGUUCUAUAAAAAAUAUUCAUCCUCAAUUUUGAUAAGCACUGAUUUGAUUUGAAUGGACUGUGUAAUUUUUAAUGACCUAUAAUUUGACACUACGUGCAACUUUUUAAAAAUGUCUAAAUAGGAAGAAUAUGUCAUAACCAUUAAAAAAAUAUAUAUAAUAUGAAUUAAUAAUAAUAAUUCCAGAAAUAAUCUUCCAUAAAUUUACGCUGGACGGCAAAGUCCUCGUAGGAGACAAAGGGAGAAAACUACAGUUUAAAGGGGACCCAAUCUAUCCGUCUAUUGGCUUUAAUAGACUCGUCGUCUAAGGGACACUUUUGAAAUGAGCAAAGUUUCUCGCAAACCUUGGCACCAAUUGUUGCGAAGAUAUGGAUCGAAAGAUAUGGAUCGAUCACAAUUUUUGUUUUAAGUCUGUUAAUAUAUAUUAAAUUAACUAAAAUUGAAUUUCUUUAAUUCAUUUUUUUCUAAAUUCAAAAUUGUUUUAACAUUGGUAGAUAAUAAAUAUUGCUGAUACUCUAAUUGGUCAAAGCGGUUAAAUUCGUCUAAAAUGGUGAAAUUUGUGUGAUUAUUAUAUGAAUGAAUUAUUAUAAAAUUAUAUACAUUUAAUUUUACUAUUAUGAAAUAGUUUUAAUUUAUUUCUUUAAAUCAACGGUGCAUUAAAAUAUGGUAUUUUAAUAAUAAUCUGUAAAAACUUUAGAAAAUACACGGUAAUGGAAAAAUAACUAAAUAUGUUUGAACGAAAUUAUAUAA